AUAAUAAAUUUUUUUUUUUAAUUAAAAAUAUAUGUCUUCCAAGAAAUAUACUUUACUACAAAAAACGUAACCGGCCCAAAGACUGGUUUACUAGCCCAAAUCGAAAACGGAGGAGAGUAAUCGAGGCAUUAGGGUUUAGGGUUUCGUCCGUUUCACGGCCACAGUCUCAGUACUCUGAAAUCAAGCUUUUGCUGAUUAGCAGAAAAAAAAAAAAAUGAGAGGAUUGCAGUUACCGCUGAGCCAAACGCAAAGAAUAAGACUUCAAAGAGCAUUCGAAAAGCUUCAAUCUCUCUCUUCUAAGGCCAAUUCCGAUGCUUCUGUUACCGUCGCCGAUACUAUUCCUGUCAACUACGAAGACACUUUUCUCAAGGGACAUGGAACAAUGGACCUCAACGGCGAAUUGGUGGCAACUGUAUGUGGUGUGGUGGAGCGCGUCAACAAACUGGUCUAUGUACGCGCCUUACGCGCUAGGUACAAGCCAGAGGUUGGGGAUAUCGUAAUCGGACGUGUAGUCGAGGUUGCUCAAAAGCGGUGGAGAUUGGAAAUUAAUUUCAGCCAAGACGCGGUUUUAAUGCUUUCUUCGAUGAACAUGCCUGAUGGUAUUCAGGCUGAAGUUCGUAAUUUCCAGCAUGAUGGCAGCUUACAACUCCAAGCAAGAAAUCAAAAGUAUGGAAAGCUUGAGAAGGGCCAGUUGCUCAUAAUUGAUCCUUACCUGGUGAAGAAAAGCAAACAGCAUUUCCAUCACCUUGAACAGUUUGGAGUUGACUUGAUACUUGGACGUAACGGAUUCAUAUGGAUUGGUGAACAUGUUGAAGCCAGAGAUAGUAUGGUAGUGGAUCAAGCUAAUAGUUCUGAACAAUCCCCAGUUCUUGAGGAAAGCAACCAAGCUUAUACCCCUCUAGAGAUGAGGCAGACCAUAUGCAGAAUUGCAAAUGCUGUCCGAGUAUUGUCUACUUUAGGUUUCAAUGUAGAUGCAGAUUUGAUCAUGGAGACAGUUGAGUUGAGCACCUCACUGACAAUCGAUAUACAUGACAUGCUUGGAUCAGAGUUCCAUGUUCUGGUUGCAGAAAUGGAAGCUGAGCGUAGAAGCUUGACGACAAAGAGGAAAAGAUGAUCUGGCAUUCAUCCACAAAGCAAGUGAGUUCUCUUUCAAGAAAAGAUUACUAAUUUAUCCCAAUGAAAAGGAAAAUGCUGUGCCUUAUGCAAAAUUGGUCCUGUUCCGAAAUCAUUAUUAAUUUUAGGAGAAUGUUAAUGCUUUUCCUGCUUAAAUAGAUUGCAAAAUUAUCCUGGAAUUGAGAGGUUUAUAUAUGCGAGGAAAGACCCGAUUAGGUUUGAAAAGUACAGAGCGGGGACUGUUGAAUAAAUUGCAUCAAGAUUGAAUGGUCUAGCCGACAAGCAGAGACUCUUCUUGUCUUGGCUGGGAAAUAAAUAAAUAUUUAAAUAUUUGAUAGAAUUAUAAUACUAGAUAUAACAUAAGUUUCUCAAUAUGUUUUAUGCUUAUCUAAAAGGGUAAUAUUUUUUGUUAUUUCCGCCAUAUUUAUUCUUAUU